AUGGCAAAAUUUUUAGAACUGGCCAAUAUUGUGCAACGAUUCGGUAGCCGAGUUCGUGAAGUCUUGGCAACGGCCUCCGAGGCUAUCUCAAACGUCGUCACCGAUAGUGGUUCCAUUACGACACCUGUGGAAUCAAUGUCUCGGUUCAUCAAAGAUAUGAACGAUAAAGGUAUGUCAGGUUUGGCUUCAGAAUAUCAUAAAAUUGAUGUAGAAGAUGCGCCGACUGGUUCUCAUAAGGCGUUUGUAAUGAAUAUGGCUAAAAAUCGCUACUCUGAUGUUCUUUGCGUUGAUGAAACACGAGUAGUAUUAAAAAUUGGAUCAGCCGCAUGCGGUGAUUAUAUCCAUGCCAAUUAUGUGCUAUUUCCCGAAUUGCAAAACAAAUUUAUUUGUACUCAGGGACCAUUAUUAACAACUAGAGACGACUUUUGGAGAAUGGUAUUUCAGGAACGUGCUGAAACUAUUCUAAUGCUUUGCAGACCUUCUGAAGACGGUAAACCAAAAUGUUCUAUUUAUUGGCCUGACAAUGGCGAUAAAUUGGAACUCAACACAGUAGAUGUUGAAAAAGUUGGUGAAGAAAAUUCUGAUUUUGAGGUCCUCGUUUUUAAAGUACAGCUCAAAGAUGAAUUCAAACAAUCGUCUUCCAUCAUCAACAAGGAUCCUUUAGUUGUUAAACAGUAUCAGUGGAACACUUGGCCUGAUCGUGGGAUUCCAAGUCAUGAAAAUGCGAUCAUUCCUUUAAAAUUACUAUCUUUGGUAAGGAAUACUCGUGCACCAUGUGUUGUACAUUGUUCUGCUGGAAUUGGACGGACUGGCACCGUUGUUGCUAUUGAACUUGGCAUUAGGCGGUUUCAUGAAGGCCGUAAAGUUGAUUUAGCAAUGCUUUUAAGGGAUCUCAGGAAGAAACGAGCGCAGUGUAUACAAACAGAAAUUCAAUAUUUGUAUUUAAGUCGUGUAUUAACAGAAUAUGCUUUGAGUUCUGGUGAACCUUUAUCUGAUGAUAUCCGUCGGGUGGCGGAGUCGUUUCUCAAAGAGUAUGAUUCAAAAAUUAAACAAUAG